AUGCGUCCAAACAGCCUCCUCCUCCUCUCCCUCUUUCUCUUCGCUCCCCUCCUCGCCUUUGGCGACCAUUCUAGAAUGUUUCCCAGGCGCGUCAUUGACGACGCCGAAGAAGAAGAGUUACUUUCCGGAAUGGGUCCCCAGCGCGUGAACAUCAACGACGCGCACCUGAAAGAGAUCGCGGAGUUCGCCGUGUCGGAGUUCAAUAAGGAAUCCCUGAAAUCGUUGGUGUUCCAGAGAGUGGUCAGUGGGCUUUCUCAGCUGGUAGCAGGAGACUUGUACACGCUUGUUAUUGCGGUUAGGGAUGAGUCUUUGCCUGCUAGCCCUAUUAUGAAUUAUCAGUGUCGCGUCAAUGAGAGAGUUUGGUUGGACGACCCCCUCGAGCUCAUAUCCUUCCAUCAAGUUUUUUAUGACACAGUCAUUUAUAGUUCGGAUUGA